AUGGAAGCAGCAGCACAGAAUAUCCGCGAACUGUACGCAAAGAGCAAUGCUCGUGAACGACAACAAAUCCAAGAACAGGUUCGAGACCUGCAAAAGGAUCUUUAUAGCGACUGGGAGAUGAUGUUUAGCCUAGCGAUGGCACCUCUUCAAUGGGCCCUUGUCGAUGUUGGAAUUGAUCUCAACAUCUUUACCACGCUCUCCUCAUCUGCGACGCCGAUGACGCACGGUGACUUUCAGGAAAAGACUGGCGCAGCACCGAACCUACUUGCCCACUUACUUCGCUCUAUGGCAUCAUUUGGACUUAUCACAGAAGUUGGGAAAGACGUUUUCGCAGCAAGCCGAACGACACGCGUCUUCGCAGAUCCGCAUGUCAACGGCGCCGCACCGCAUCUUUCGAAGCUCCACCUGCCGGUUGUAAACGCGCUUCCCAGCUACUUAAAAGAGCACAACUACCAAGACAUUAGCGACCCCAAGGAUCUGCCAUUUCAUAUGGCAAUGAAGACGAAGCUGACGCCAUUCGAGUGGAUGAAGCAGGAUGGUGAGCAGAUGAAAGCACUCGGCCACAUCAUGGUGCUCGACUCUGUCGAUAGUUGGGUCUCUUCAUACCCUGCUCAGCAAGUCGUUGGCGACUUCAAGCCUGCAGACGAAUCUGCGCUUAUGGUUGACAUUGGUGGCGGUUUCGGUCAACAUUCUGUGGCAUUCAAGAAAAAGUUUCCUGACCUCUCCGGCCGUAUCGUCGUACAAGAUGUCCCUUCGACUCUUGCACAUGCGCCCAAAGUGGAUGGUAUUGAGUUCCAAACCCAUGAUUUCUUCACGCAACAACCGAUUCGUGGUGCCAAGUUCUACUACUUGCGCCAUAUCAUGCAUGAUUGGGCGGAUGAAGACUGUGUGCGCAUCCUCUCGAGUAUCAUCCCGGCAAUGGGCCCAGAAUCGCGCAUCUUGAUCGAUGAGGUGGUGUUACCAGAGACAAAGGUACCUUGGCAGGUUGCUAUGAUGGAUCUUGCGAUGAUGGCGGCGCUCGGCGGCAUUGAACGGAGUAGAGAAGAUUGGGUGAAGUUGUUGGAAAGCGCAGGACUGAAAAUGGUGGACGUGCACUGCUAUGACGAUGUGAGGUUCCAUUCCGUUAUUGCGGCUGUACCGAAGUGA